GCCCACGCUUUAUCCCACCUAAAACGCGAGUUUGAAAAUAUCUCUUCUUUCCCAUAUUCUUUCCUCCUCCGUCUAAUCCUCUCACAUCGCUUCCUUCUUCAUUCUUGCUUCUCAAUCGCAGCAGACUUGCAGUGCAGGGCGCACGUUAUCGUCAUAUUAGGUCCUGACCUGUCGUGGCGUUGUUUACUUUGAAUAUCUGCUCAGGUCAAAAACGAAAAUGAUCAUCUACAGUCAUGAAAGGUUUGGUAACCUUAGAAGGCUUAUUAACUCAGGAUCAUUGUAAAGUUGGCUUUUGCUUGAAAGUUUUUGGUUAUUGCCAUCCCAAGAUAUGAUGAACGGAACUCAGUAUAUCGGUGAAAGUUCGAGUUCAACUUCUCUCAGUAGUCAACAUGAUAUUGAGGAUGACCGCAUGAUUGCUGUCAUGUUAUCUGAAGAGUAUGCCAAAUUAGAUGGCGCAGUUGGUAGGCGCCUUUCCAACCUGGCACCCGUUCCUCAUGUGCCCCGGAUUAAUUCCUUCAUACCUGACACAAAUGAUGCUAGUAUGGAUCACCAGCGCCUUCUUCAGAGGUUGAACAUGUAUGGUCUAUGUGAAGUCAAAGUUUCUGGAGAUGGAAAUUGUCAGUUUCGUGCACUUUCAGAACAGCUGUAUAGGUCACCUGAAUACCACAAGAAUGUUCGGAAAGAGAUUGUGAAACAGCUCAAAGACCAUCGCUCCUUGUAUGAAUGCUAUGUCCCCAUGAAGUACAAACGAUAUUACAAGAAAAUGGCAAAAUCUGGAGAAUGGGGGGACCAUGUUACCUUACAGGCAGCUGCUGAUAAGUUUGCAGCGAAGAUAUGCCUUUUAACAUCAUUCAGAGACACUUGUUUCAUUGAAAUUACGCCACAGUACCAAGCGCCAAAGCGUGAGUUGUGGUUGAGCUUCUGGUCUGAGGUUCAUUACAAUUCGCUAUACGAAAUUCGAGAUGCACCGAUCCAGCAUAAACCAAGGAGAAAGCACUGGCUAUUCUAGGAGAGUUCGGUUCGUCACAUUGAUAAAACCAUUUUGGACAUGUGUAGGAGUAAAAAAAUUAUUUUGGUCCUUGAAAGAUAAAAGCUUUUUUUCAGUUCAUCCCCUGAAUUUUUGGAUUCAUCAAUUGAAUUGUUGAUGAUCUCAAUAUUUACUGCAAUUUUAUUCUACAGUGCUGGGUUCAAAGCAUACCGUGAUUCGAUUGAGAAAUGGCAUACUAUCUUUCAAGGAUCAGAAGAUAAUUUAC